GUUUCAGUUAUGUCUUGUCAUUGAUAUGAAGUAGCUAUAUGGAACAGGGUUGUGGGACUUGUGUGGCAGCCCUGCGCUACAGAGUAGCAAAUGUUCUCUCUUUUCAGGUCUGUGGUGCACAUAUCAGACUGACCUGGCAAACGAUUUCUUGUUUUCAUGUGGGCCUUGUUUGUUCACUCAGUCCGGAACAGGAAGGCCCUGAAGGGGUGUGUGUGUGUCUCUGUGCAUGCAUGCAAGACUGUUGGCAAGCUGAAACAUGAUACCCAUGAGCCUUUUUUAUUUUUUUAUUUUAUUUUGAAGAAACUUCACCAAGCCUUUGACUGACAUUUUUUAGACAAUGCAAGUUAUGUUUCUGUUCUCUGUUUCAGUUUUCUGAUCACAACAGAGAACUGCAUUUAGAACAUGGGGAAAAAUCAAAAAACAAGGCUUGUUGAAUUUAAAGGACCACAGAUUUAUGAGCUGAUGUGAUCACAUCUGUGCUUGUUUUAGAGUUUGGUUUGUCAUGUCGUGUCUGGCAUUCGGGGUGUGAGGAUUUUUCUAUCAGUAAUCUGACGUGCUUAACUUUGUUAUGUCUGCUUAAGGAUGGAAGAUGGCGGUGUGUGGAGCAUUCUUUAGUUUCAGAAGGGGGGGAAAAAAAGAAGAGACCAACCCUUACACUCAAAUGUGGUUGACCUUUUUAGAUGUAGCCUGAAAACCCAUCAUAUUAGCUAGAAAACAGAGCUGCAGCUAGCACUAUAAACUGGUCAAGUGUGUGUCUGUGCAUUGGUGUGUAUGUGUGUGACCUACCAGGGUUCACAGGAGGGUUUUCUUCUCUUAGUUUGUGAAAAAAGGGUACAUCCUUGGAACGAGGCCCUCUGUUGCUCUGACAAAGGAGGAGCCAAAAACUCAAAAGACCUUCAUUUAUUGCCAGACCUUCUUUAUACUCAUUGUUUUUUGUUCCUCAGAGGAAAUGAGUUGCUUUGCAGGAGCAAAGACUAGGACAUCAGACUUUUUUUUUUCUUUCGUGUUUUCUUCUCUUUUGGAUUCAAUUGCUAUAUUAAUUAGUAUUAGCUUGUGAACCCAGUGGCAAAGAAGACUGAUACUUUUGGCUAUGAGCUGAGAAACUUUUAUAGUCUGGCUGAGGAGGAGAUAAAGACAGAGUCUGAUGUGGUAGAGGGGAUGGACGCUUCUGUGCGAUCUAAAGUGCCUGAUCCACCAGGGUCAGCAGAAAGAGCAGUGGCACCACAGAAGCGAAAGGCAUCAAGUCCCACCCAUUCCUCCAAUGGACACUCUCCCUCAGAUACCUCCCCCAGCCCUCUCAAGAAAAAGAAAAAGCCAGGGGCCGUGAACUGUAACAACAAAGACCAGUCAGAGCUAAGACAUGGUCCCUUUUACUAUAUGAAGCAGCCAGCACUCACCACAGACCCUGUUGAUGUUGUACCGCAGGACGGCAGGAAUGACUUCUACUGCUGGCUGUGCCACCGCGAGGGUCAGGUGCUCUGCUGUGAGCUCUGCCCCAGGGUGUACCACGCCAAGUGCCUCAAACUGCCAGCCGAGCCCGAGGGCGACUGGUUCUGUCCAGAGUGUGAGGUAUCUUAUAAAAUAACAGUUGCUGAAUGCAUUGAAACCCAGAGUAAGGCAAUGACAAUGCUAACAAUAGACCAGCUCUCCUACUUGCUGAAAUUUGCACUCCAAAAGAUCAAACAGCCUGGGACAGAGCCUUUUCAGAAGCCCGUGUCUCUGGAACAGCAUCCGGAUUAUGCAGAAUACAUCUUCCACCCCAUGGACCUUAGUACUUUAGAGAAGAACGUCAAAAAGAAAAUGUAUGGCUGCACUGAGGCUUUUCUUGCUGAUGUGAAAUGGAUCUUGCACAACUGCAUCAUCUAUAAUGGAGGUAAUCACAAAUUAACAGCUACUGCAAAAGUCAUUGUCAAGAUCUGUGAACAUGAGAUGAAUGAAAUUGAGGUGUGUCCAGAGUGCUACCUGUCUUCAUGCCAAAAAAGGGACAACUGGUUUUGUGAGCCAUGUAGUCAGCCCCACCUGCUGGUCUGGGCUAAGCUGAAGGGUUUUCCUUUUUGGCCAGCAAAAGCACUUAGAGAAAAGGAUGGGCAAGUAGAUGCACGCUUCUUUGGGCAGCAUGACAGGGCCUGGGUUCCCAUCAACAACUGCUACCUCAUGUCUAAAGAGAUCCCUUUCUCUGUGAAGAAAACAAAGAGCAUUUUCAACAGUGCCAUGCAAGAAAUGGAGGUCUAUGUGGAAAAUAUUCGCAAGAAGUUUGGUGUCUUUAACUACGCGCCCUUUCGCACUCCCUAUACACCCAACAACCAGCUACAGAUGCUGCUGGACCCGUCCAACCCCAAUGCUGGGACAGUGAAAUCAGAGAAAGCGGAUAAACUUCGCUUCAACUUUGACAUGACCUCAUCUCCUAAGAUGAUCCUCAGCAAGAGUUCCACCCCCAGUGGUAUGAGUCGGCGGGUCUCCGUGACGGACAUGCCUCGAUCUCCUAUGAGCACCAACUCCUCAGUUCACACAGGGUCCGAUGGGGAGCAAGAUCUGGAGAAGGUCAGCAGGAAUCCUGCGCUCCACUACAGCACUGGAGAGGAAUCAAUGGACUGCACUGCAUCUCCCGCCUCAGGGAAGAUGGGUCCGGCUGGCAAUACGACGGGCAGUCCGAAGCCCUCGAACCCUGGACUGGUGCCCAAGCAGGAAAGAACUGCAGGGACAGGCGGCAUCCUUAAUCUUAACCUGGAUCGAGUCAAGGCUGAAAUGGAUCUGAAGGAGCUGAGUGAGACUGUGCAACAGCAACAGCAACAAGCUCCACCAGCUGCUGUCGCGACCCCAAAGAGACCCAUCAGGAGUCUGGACAAAACUAUUGAAAGCUGCAAGGCACAACUCGGAAUUGAUGAAAUUUCUGAGGACGUUUAUAAAGAUGUGGAUCACAGUGACUCUGAAGACUCUGAGAAAUCUGACUCAAGUGACAGCGAGUAUAUCAGUGACGAGGAACACAAGCCAAAGAGCUCUGCCCAGGAUGACAAGGACAAAGCCGAAAGAAAGAGGUCUAAAGCAAGCACAGAGAGAGAGAAUAAGGAGGGAGUUGCAGGGCCAGGGGAUAAAGCCACCCCUGAACUCUUGUUAAAAGAGAAACAGGGCAGCAAUGGUCCAGAUAAAGAUCUGCAGGACAAGCCCAGAACACCCCAAUCUCAGCCCCCAGCUGACAAGCCUAAAGCCUCAGAGGACGGCAAAGCAGCGGCUGUCACAACAGUGGCUGAACAAGAUUCUGAUUCUGAACGAGAGCUUGUGAUUGACCUUGGAGAUGAACAUGGAGGCCGUGACUCGAAGAGAGCGAGAAGAGAGGCAGGCUCUUCUGCAACCAAAACUCACAAAGAGUCUAAUGUUGGCAAGCCAGAAGGUAAACUCCCUUCAUCUGCUGCAUCAGUCGCACCAACACGAGAAGCUGCUUCCAGCCUCAAAGACUCUCUGCAAACUUCUAUCACAGCAGCACUCAACCUUGUUUCCACUGCAGCAUCUGGUCAGCAGGGUUCCACCACAACUACCAGUGGCCCUGCCAGUGCCCCUUCUCUUGUCUCCACAACAUCCACAGCACCUGCAGCUGUGAAAAAACAGCGCCCACUGCUGCCUAAAGAGACUGCUCAGGCUGUACAGCAGGCAGUUGUGUGGAGUCCGACCAAGUUUCAGACAUCGUCCCAGAAGUGGCACAUGCAGAAAGUGCAGAGGCAGCAGCAACAAGGAGAGCAGUCAGCUAUGAACAUGCAGACCCAAAGUCAGGUGCAGACACGCAGUCCACAGCAGCUGCAGUCACAGCAGAACUCCACCAGCACUCGCUACCAGACCAGACAAGCAGUCAAAGUUGCAGUGCAACAAAAAGACCCACCUCACAGUGCAUCCUUAUCAACGGCCAGCCAGGCCACAUCUGCCAGCUCCUCUUUCUUGUCUGGAGACUUGCAAAUCCCUACAGUCUCAGCAGAUGUAGCAGCUGAUAUAGCCAAAUACACAAGCAAAAUCAUGGAUACAAUAAAGGGGACAAUGACUGAAAUCUACAAUGAUCUUUCCAAAAGCACAUCUGGAAACACAAUUGCAGAGAUUCGACGGCUAAGAAUCGAGAUUGAGAAGCUCCAGUGGCUGCAUCAGCAAGAGCUGUCAGAGAUGAAGCACAAUCUGGAGCUGACAAUGGCAGAGAUGAGACAGAGCCUGGAGCAGGAAAGGGAACGUUUGGUGGCUGAGGUGAAAAAGCAGAUGGAGGUGGAGAAACAGCAGGCGGUGGAUGAGACCAAAAAGAAGCAGUGGUGCGCCAACUGCAGGAAGGAGGCCAUAUUCUACUGCUGCUGGAAUACCAGCUACUGCGAUUACCCCUGCCAGCAAGCUCACUGGCCUGAACACAUGAAGUCAUGCACUCAGUCAGCCACAGCGUCGCAGCAGGAGCAAGAGUCAGAGCCCAACUCUGACCUUUUGGUCAAACCAUCAGGCCACUCUCCUGUCACACAGCCCUCAGGCAUGGGAUCAAUAUCAGACAAAAGCAACUCUCCCACAUAUAUAGACAAAAGCAAGGACAGUGCUGGUGUUACUGUGACCUAACCGCUACACUACAGACACAAUCUGUGCAGUUGAACUUGGUGCUUGAAGGUCCGCACCACUUUGACAAAUCAUUUGUUUCCAUUCCCAUUUGUGCAUCUGCUUGGUGGACAGUUUUUGGUUUACCCCUCAUUAUCGGUUUCCACAUCUGUGUUCAGGUCAAUUCACUAUGUGAAAGUAGUUUGUCUUGAAAAAUAAAAUGUGAGUCUAUAUGUUUUCAUAAUGUAGUUUUGUGUUCUUGCUCUGUUACUACUUUUACAGCCCUGGAUAAGAUUGUGUCCACCUACAGAAUAUUUUAUACAUUAUCACUUUUAAUGCUGCUCUAAAGUACUUUGUUGCUGUUUUGUUUUGUUUAUUGUUCUCCAUAUUGUGAGACAAAACAAAUGAAACAGCCUUCAACAGGUGAUACUUUCAUUACAGUGCCAUUCGAUAUUUUAACUCACACGAGUUUCAUCUUAAGUUUGAACCAAGGUGUUUUCAAAGUAACAGUUUUAAAGAUUGCAUUUCAAUCCAUCAUGUCCUGUCAGUGGUGGCAUUUUUGUCAAUACCAGUUUUGUAUUGUAGUUCCAUGUUGUAUAGCCCCACAUUAAAAAAAACUGAUUUAUUAAAAAGACUAAAAAAUUUAAACUGUACAAAGUUUUUGUAAGAAGAUACCUGAACAAUAUUUAUAGUGUUAUGUUUUUAUAGUAUGUUUAUUGAGAUCACAUUUUUAUGUGUCUAAAACAGUUAUUUGAGAAUAAAUGACUUCACGUGAAUGUCAGCUCUGAGUGAAGUUUCUGUGUAGUUGGUUACCAAAAUCUGAUGUAAAUUCUGGUCGGACUGUAUCUAAGAACUGGGUAGACGUGAUAAGAAACUGAAUUAUGGCCAGAUAUUUCCUGUGAGCAUGUUCGUGUUAAGCUUGUGUCUUGUUCUCGUUUAUAUAUUGUACAUACAAUAAAUGGCCCUGUGAAAAAUG